AGAAUUCUCAGUAGUUGAUCUCAUAUUGUUUUACUGAGUGGAUUACACUAGAGUUGACAAAUUCAAGCAAAAUGAAAGUGAUCUGUAGUGUACUGGCAUUUAUUGCUGUUUUGCAUUCAACUUUUGCAAUUGAAUGCAAAGAGCUCUGGCAAAAGAAAGACGAAAUGAUGAACUGUUGUCAGGAACCUCAUGUUGUCGAGAUCGAUCAACUCCAGAAGUGCAUGGAGGAGAAUAAGGAUAAGGAGAAAAAACAGAAGUUUGCGUGCACCGCGAAAUGCGUCUACGAUGCAAACGGGCUGAUGAAUGGUGACGAAAUUGCGACCGACAAGUUGCUAGCCAAGGCUGAAGCCAUCAAUAGUGACUUCAAGAGCACGGCCGUGGAAAUCGUGAACGGGUGCAUCCAACGCAUGGAAAACCACAAGGCUAAACACGGGCAGAACGCACCGGAAGGUUGCCCCCCGGGACCGAUGUUUAUGAGCAUGUGCAUCGGCAAGGGAUAUAUGCACAAGUGCCCGGAUGAUAAGUGGACCAAAUCUGAAGUUUGCGACAAAGUUAGAAGCGGUGAAUGCAAGCCUCAAAAACGGGGUGGCAAUGGUGGCAAUGGCGGCGACGAUGAAUAACGUGAUCCCAAACAUAUACCUAAAACAAUCAGUUCCUAAUUUUUUAAAACCUUUUUUGUAAAUUUCAUUUCGCCUCAUCAGUAAUACAACUGGGGAGGUCAUAAUAAAUGCUAUUGGGUUAUCAAGUAAAUCAAA